CAACUUAUAUUUACGUAAAUAUUUAUUCGUAUAGGCCUAUUUAACAUUGAUAUUUACGGCUUUUUAUAUUAAAAAUUGAUUAAUUAUUAUUAUAUUGCUCUAUGUCUUUGAAAUAUUAAAAUUAUUUAUAAAUAAGAAAGUUAUUGCUUUGUUUAAAAUGGGUGGUUGCCGAUGUACGUAUCGCAAUUGUACAGUAAAAACGGAUGGAAAGACACAUAUGUUUCAUUAUCCUGUGUUUGAGAAAGUAAGAUGCCACCAGUGGCUUGUUAAUGCGCAAAGACUGGAGUUUCUUGACCUUAAAGUGUCCCAAUUAAAAAAUAGAGUGGUCUGUCAACAUCACUUUAAGGAGGAAAACUUUAUGAACUAUAAGAAAGACAAGCUAACAUUUGAUGCUAUACCUACAGAAAAUGGACCGUUUUGUGAUCCCAGUAAAUUUGUGAAUUCAUCUCAAGAGACGACCAAAUCAUACCAUAAUCUUAUACAUUUAGAAGAUAUUGAAAAUGAAGUUAUUUUUAAUGAUAAGAAAGCUAAUUUUUCAUUAAAAUAUGGAGAUUUUCUCACAAAUGGUGAGGUGAUGGAUUCCUCAUCAAGAUAUCGUACUGACAAUAUUAAUAUCUCAAAAGAGAACGCUAAUAAAAUUUCAAAACCUACAUUUUGUUCAAAAAGCGAACAAGAAAUUAACCAACAACUAUUUAAACCACGUUUCACUACAUUGGCAUUACCUUCAAAAAAUGUGAAUAAAAUUCAGCCACAACCUAUGUUAAUAGUUCCACCGUACACUGACAUGAGCCUUGAUAUUGAGGGAGGCAAAGAAAUUAUCCAAGAGCAAGGUCCUAUAAAUAUCUAUGAGCAAUAUCCUUCAACUUACAAAAAUAAUUCACAAAAUAGCUUACUACAAUUAAACACUCAAAAUCCAUCUACUCAUCCAACUCCAUCUCAAAAUAAUAAUGAAGGUUUAGUAAAAAAAGAACCCAAGGUUAGGAUUUUGUCUGAAAAGAAAAUACAAAUUCUAGGGCCAAUUCCGGUCACGGGUAAACUAGAAAAGGUGCCACAUUCUAUUACCAUAAAUAUCCCUAAUAGAAAGAGAGAAGAAAAUAUGAGUGACAAAAAAUGCCCAAACAAUUCGUAUGUUACAAACCCAUCUGAUAAAUUGAAAAUUUUAGAAGUUCUAGAUGUAGAGUUCCAAGGGACACCAAAAGAUACUGUAGCUGCAGCUGAAGUUCCUAGACCAAAGCCAAUAGAAACAGAUGUGAAUAACAUCCCAACAUCUCAACUGUUACCAAAAACUCCACAAAUCAAAAAUAAAAUUAAAUCAGAAAGAAGUGCAGCUAUUGAAAAAAAGAGACAGUUUAAUAUGAGGAUGAAAGAUAUAUUAGAGACAUGUCUUGAUAAAUUAGAUGAUUCAAUAAAAGUUACUGAUAAAAAUACACCACCCGUUGUGGCAUCUAGCAAGUCAUUAAUAAAGCAAACUCAACCACAAGUUGAAAAGUCAACAGAUCAACAAGUCGGCACACAUCUUGCCAAAGAACAAUCUUUACCGAAUGCACAAGAAUACACUAUUGCAUAUUUAGAUGCUAGAAUGAAAUCAAUGGAAAGAGCUCUGUUAAACAAAAUAGAACAAAACUCACAGAGAAUUUUAGAAUUAAAAGAUUCAUUUGGAAAUAUAAAAACCUGUAAGGAACCCAAUGACAAAAGGAAUGUGGGUGUACAAACAAAUGUCAAUGAAGAUUGCUAUAAGAAGUUUCUUUAUCAGGAAAUAUCUCAAUAUUUAAGUCCAGAUUCGAAUAGCUUAAUAUAUGAAGAACUCUUCAUCGACAAAUAUUCCGUAGGUGAUACGAGUACACAAAGAAAAAGGCGAAAGAAAUAUAUAUAGUCGUUAUUACAUAAAAUAUUGAGUUGUAUGUACAAUAAAUGUUUCUAUGAAAUAAACUAUAAUAUUAUACACAUAAAUUAGCUUGGAGACGUAAUUGUAUUUUUUUAAAACUUAGUAUUGUAGCUCGUGAGACUUAAAUCUAAUAAUUUUAGUAUUUGAUUUCAAUAAGAGCAAAAUGAGUUAGGUAGUAAAUGAUAUUUAACAAUUGAAGUGACAUUCAAAUACAGUUUUAACUAUCUGUUUUUAUAGACCCAAUUUAUUAUGUAUGUGUAUACAUGCAUAAUAAAAACAAAUUUAAGAUAACCGUUAACGACUUAACCUCCAACUAAGGCCCCUCACUGAGUUCCCCGCAAUCGCAUCGCUGGCCGCCACAAUAACUAUUUUUGUAGCGUGAAAGUUUUUAUUUUACGAUGACUCCUUAGAUAUCUAUUUUAAUUACAUAGUGUAAAGCACAAUUAUGUACUAAAUGUAAUACAUAAGAUAAUAAAAAUAUGUAUUCAUAUAAAUAUUAACACCUCAUCGAUUGAAAAACUUCGCAAAUAUUUCAUUAUUUUUGAACAAAAAUAACAUAACAGUUUACUAAUCCUUUGGGCUAUGUCGAUAACUUUGGUUCUCUGUCGGAUCACCACAUUUGGGACUCGAUCCUUCAGAGAAACUCUGAGCAGGAGUGGAGAGGGCUACUCUAUAGCUCGCUGAGCGACCUUAAAAUGGUGUACCAAACACACUAACAGUGUCCACGUCUCGGCUCCGUAAGUCAAAACCGGUAAGACGCACUCGUUGAAGACUUAAGUCUUAAAGCAUUGCGGUAUUCGUGACGAAAAGACCCGACCAAGUUUCCUAUACGGUGCCCAGCUCAGCCGUAUUCUUCUAUGUGCUUCCUUCUCAAAGUUGUUUCGACUCAACUGCAAAGUUUGCCCAAGGUAUACAUAUUCCUGAAUAACUUCGAGAGGAACUCCGUUAAGAGUUAUCGGUUCCGGGUUGACGUGUUCAUUGAACAUUAUCUUGGUUUUGUCCAAGUUAAUCCGGAAAUCAAUUUGAGCAGAAGAAUCAGCCAGGCUGCUCAGCAUAUACUGAGGUCCUGCACGGUUUCUGCCACGAUGACUAUAUCGUCUGCAAAUCUCAAGUAUGAAAGGUACUCGUCGUUUACGUUUAUGCCCCGCCCUUCUCAGUGCAGCGUCUUGAACAUAUCCUCUAAUGCAUUAGUAAACAAUUUCGGGGAAAUGACAUCCCCUUGUCAGUGUC